CCGCCAUUAUUCUUCUGCGUUACGUUACUUGCGUCACGUGACAUAAGGUAUGGCUAACGAUACGUGGUCGCGUCCAUUCUAACCUAACCGUACGGCUAUUACAACGUGUAAUUUUUUUCCCUCCUUUUCCUCGAUCGACUGGCUGAUCCUGUAAAUGAUUAAUAUUAUUAUCAUCAAUGCCCUUUUGCCAUUGUUUCAAUUGACUAAUCUGACUUUCAUUCGUAUAAAUUAGAUCGUCAACGGACUCUCCAUUGGCGUGACAUUUUCUAUUAUAUAAAAUCGUUUUUGUCAAACGUCUAAUGUUCGAGAAGAUGUAAUAAACGUGCAAAAUGUCAGAUAAAAACAAGAGAAAAUCUCGUGUGUAUUUGGCUGGAAAAGAAAGCACGGUUAAAGCUGUUGAACUUCUAAAAACAAGGUUAAAUAAUAAGAAGCGAAGUUGGAAUAAUAAGAAUAACGAUAAGUGUCAGAAAAUGACGAAUCGUUGCACAAGCAUGCCAUUACAAAAGAAAUCGGAUUACGUAUCACUUACAGGAUUCUCCAAAAGCUUAUUUAUGUUAGAGAUUAGGUCACAUUUGGGUAAACAAAAUUGGAAGCAUAUACAACACCUAUUUCCAUUUUUAUUAGAUUAUUCGAAUGAAGUAGAGUAUUUAAUUUGGCGUUAUGCAUUAACAAUUUUGUUGUAUAGUGAUAAUAGUGAUUUAUCCAAUUUACAAGAAUUUUUGGAGAUUUGCGUUGGUAAUCACAGAUUGAACGAUAGGAAAGAAUUAGAGAGAUUAUUGUUAUUACGAACUAGGAAGAAUUCAUAAAUGUAUAGUAUUAAGAAGACAUCGAAUGCCAUCGGGAUUCAUCGGCGACUGGCACUGAAUUUGUCUGUAGCGCUUUAGGUCUAAUUAAUUUUUAUUUAUUAAAAUACGAAUAGACGUAAAUUUGCAUUUAUUUGAAAUAACUUUAUCAAAGAAAAAAUUCUUUCAUUACUUUAUUAGAUAUUUAUCUAUGGGUGGGCAUUGAUCGGUAGCUUGAAAAACGAUUCAAUUACAAUAGAUUAUAAUGUAGACCUUAGCAAUAGUUAUUAGUCAAUCUAAUAUGUUGUAUCGGUGUCGGAUACAAGUCGGCUUACAAAAAGGAACAUAAGAGAAGGACCGAUCAUUUUGCAAGGGCAAUAUAUCUUUAUGCAUAUUCAAUUAUAUUUUUUUAAACGUAAAUAAACAUUGUAAUAAACUUAUAAAUUUGUUGUUAUAAAUUUUUUAAUACUGA